ACAUGUAACUAAUGCACUUUCUAUUCCGUUUCGAUUUGUCGUCGGACCAAAAGUGAACGCACCGCACACAAACUGGGGUGAACUUUGAUAAGAUUAGUUGUGAGUAAAUAAGAAUUGACUAUUGGACAAUGAAACAGUUUUGAGUCUUAAAACAACCUCGAAGAAUGAAGGUGAAUUUAGAGACAGUUUAGUGGAGGCUAUGAACGUAUAAUUUUCUGUGCACUAUGGAUCGUUCUGUGAAAGACAGAAGAAAAACGAACCCGAGGGAUAAAGCCAACAUUUUAUCUCUUCUAACGUUUUCGUACACAAUUCGAAUAUUUAAAAAAGCUUUCAAAAACGACUUGGACGAUGAAGACUUGUACGAAGUGGUUAGAUCCUGCGAGUCCAAAAAAAUGGGCGACAAAAUGGAAAACGAGUACAACCUGCUCAAGAAGAAGAACAAGAAGCCGUCGAUUUACAGGCUCAUUUGGAACGGUUUCGGCACAACUUAUUUGAUGCUGGGCUUCGUUCACCUUUGCUGGAAAAUGAUGAACAGCGUUUUAGAACCAGAAGCUCUGGGAAAAGUUGUGUCGUACUUCAAAAAUGGAGAUAGUGAAAGGAUUAGCAGGACAAAUGCGAUUUACUACGCGUUGAUUUUGAUCGGAUUAAAAGUGGGACAUUGCUUUUAUUUCCAGAAUUAUAUAAUAUGGUUGCAAACACUUGCUAUACAAAUUAGAACGUCGUUUUGCUCAUUGAUCUACAGGAAAUCCCUACGAUUGACUCCCUCAGCUUUUCUUGAUGUUAGUUUGGGUAACAUCGUUACUUUGAUAACGAAAGACGUCCAAACCUUUGAACAUUCGAUAUGGUUGUUCAACGAUUUGUGGAUUGCUGCCAUACAAACCGGGACCAUUUGUUAUCUGAUUUAUUCGAGAAUGGGUUUCACAUCCUUUAUUGGAGUCAGCAUCUUGUUUUUGGUGAUGCCGUUACAAAUUUUUAUGGGAAAAGUAGUAGGAAACUUGCGAUUAAAAAUUAACAAAAAAACAGACGAGAGGCUACAAAUAACUCAGGAAAGUUUGUCAGCAAUUAAAAUAAUAAAAAUGUACGUCUGGCAAAAAUUUUUUGAAGGUAAAAUCAGCGCUGCCAGAAAAAAUGAAAUAAACUUUUUGCUUAAAAACUUCUUCCUUAAAUUCAUUAUUGUUAUCCUGGGAUUACUGUGUUCCAAGUUAGGAUUUUAUGUCCUGAUCAUGUGCUACGUCUGGAUGGGCAAUAUUACAAGUGCCGAACUCAUCUUCUACGUUUUCAGUCACUUUCACACCCUUCAACAUGCUAUUGGAAUAAUUAUUCCAUUCGGUUUGGGAAGAGUUGCGGAAUUGUUGGCAGCUCUUUCUCGUUUGAACCAUAUUCUUCUGGCGGAAGAAUUGGAAAAGAUACAGGACGAAGAUGACGCCUAUCCUGUAAAAAAUCCAAAGAUUGAAGUCAAAAAUAUCUUGGUUAAGAUCAAGGAAAAGACCGCAAUUAACGGAAUAACUCUUUCCUUUGAACCAGGUCUUACUAUCGUUACGGGUCAUCUUGGUUGUGGAAAAAGCUCUUUGUUAAAAACAAUUUUAAGGGACUACCCUCUCAAUUCUGGAGACUUAAACGUGAAGGGACGAAUUUCUUACGCCUCCCAAGACCCUUGGUUGUUCCCAGCUUCCAUCAAACAGAACAUACUUUUUGGACAAGAAUAUAAUGAAUCUCGGUAUAAAGAAGUUAUCAAGGUUUGCGCCUUAGAAUUCGAUUUUGAACUCUUCGAAAAUCGAGACGAAACGAUCGUAGCGGACAAAGGAUUGAAUCUGAGUAAAGGACAACAAGCCAGGAUUAAUUUAGCACGAGCUAUUUAUAAGGACAGCGAGAUUUAUCUUUUGGACGACAGUUUAACCGCUUUGGAUCCGCGUGUUCAAGAUUACAUCUUUAAGGCGUGCAUUCAAGAGUAUCUCAAGGAAAGAAAUUCUCUUUGCGUGUUUGUGACGCAUAAUGCCAAACACAUAGAAGCCGCAGACAAACUUGUGAUUUUAGAUAAAGGUGCCGUGAAAUAUAGUGGAAAACCCACAGAGAUUGCCGAGAAUGAACUGUUGAAAGCUAUUGAAGAAGACAUCGAGAAAAAAGAAGAUGUUGCAGAGGAUGUGCCAGCUGAUGAGGAGUGCAAAUUAUUAGAGUCUGACGUGGAGAUCCAAGUCAAAAAAAAUAUUUACAGAGAGGUCAAAAAGAAGGGAGGAGUUGACUUGAGUGUUUACAAAAGAUACAUACAGUUUGGAGGUGGAUUUAUUUUGUUUUUCGGACUGUUGAUCAUGUAUGGAGUGUCACAAUUUGCUGAAAGUUAUUCAUCGAAGGUUCUCAGUACAUGGGUGGAUUAUCAACAGAACAUCACAGAUGCCAUUCUCAAAAACCUUACAAACACAACAGAUUUUAUUGAGUUAAAGGACAAUAACGAUAGAGCUUUGAACAUGUAUACCAUAACAACAUUCUCUUCUGUUACUUUAGAAAUUGUCAAGUACUAUAUUUUCUUGAGAUUCGCAACUAGAGCUUCAGUUCACAUUCACAAACACAUGAUUAAAAAUAUGAUGAACGCAGUUAUGUGGUUCUUUGACAACCACUUUAUUGGAAAUAUAUUGAACAGAUUUUCUCAAGAUUUGAACUUGGUGGAUGAGCAAUUACCUUCUAUUAUCACCCACGUAGUCAGAAUUUGUUUCAGAAGUGCAGGAAUAGUAAUCCUGAUUGCAGUAGUUAACUGGAGAUUCCUGUUUCCAUCCAUAACGUUCUUCCUCAUUUUAAUUGCCCUCCGUAUCAUCUACAUGCCAGCCGGUAGAAGUUUGAAGAGAUUAGAAGCAGCCAGUCGUAGUCCGAUGGUUGGUCACCUAAAUGCCUCCCUGGAAGGAAUAACUACAAUCAGAGCGUACAAAGCACAACAAGUCCUGAAGGACGAGUUCGAUCGUCAUCAAGAUCUAUUCACAUCCGCAAACUAUACAUCCUUCUAUAUGAAACGCGCGUUUGGCUUUUACAUGGAUGGUUUCUCCGCCAUCUACAUCUCCUUAAUCAUCAUGCGGUUCCUCCUGGUCGACACCACAGCAUCCGCUGGUUCGGUUGGUUUGGUCAUUACCCAAGUACUCUCUCUCGCUCAGGUAAUACAGUGGGGAUUGAUGCAGUGGUCCGACUUGGAGAACCUCAUGACAUCUGUGGAACGGCUGUUAGAGUACACGAAACUGUCGCAGGAGUCCUCCGACGGACAGACGCUACAAAACUGGCCAGAAAAAGGAAGGGUGGAGUUCAUGAAAGUCUCGUUAACUUACGCCAACAGUCACAAACAAGUUCUGAAGGAUAUCAAUUUUUGUUUGGAACCGGGGGAGAAAGUUGGUAUUGUCGGUCGUACCGGAGCAGGCAAAUCUUCGAUCAUAUCCACGUUGUUCAGGUUGUACAAUUUCGAAGGUAAAAUUGAGAUUGAUGGAGUUAACACUAAAACUUUAAACUUGGAUUUCUUACGCAAACACAUUUCGAUUAUCCCCCAGGAUCCCGUGCUUUUUGCCGGCACGAUCCGGUCAAAUAUGGAUCCCAUGACGAAGUAUACCGAUGCACAGAUCUGGAAGGCACUGGAGAGUGUGCACAUGAAGGAUUCAAUUGAGAGUCUCGAAAUGGAAAUCAAAGAAAACGACUCCACCUUCAGUACCGGUCAGAGGCAACUGAUUUGCAUUGCCAGGGCGAUCAUUCGUAAGAAUAUGAUUGUGGUUUUGGAUGAAGCCACGGCGAACAUGGAUCCUGAAACCGAGAACCUGAUCCAGAAGACUAUUAAAGACAAUUUCCAGGAUUGCUCGGUGUUUAUUAUUGCUCACAGGUUGCAGUCCGUGCUAGAUUGCAACAAAGUCCUAGUUAUGGACAAAGGCGAGAUCAUCGAAUGGGAUGAUCCGAUGAAACUUUUAGAAAACACAAAGGGUACGUUCUAUAAUAUGGUUAAGCAAGCUGGACUUUUGGGCGUGAUCGACUAAUUUUAAUAUUUCAAUCCUCACUGUGUGAGAUUCUAAUAUUGUAAGAUUGUUUAUGUUGUUGUGUAAUGGAGUGAUCCUGACAUAUUGUUCUCUGUAGAUUUGGAGACAGAAUUCAACAAACGUAAUAACACGGCUGUGAUUUCUAAUGAAACAAGAAUUCGUCCCUAAGUAUUCUUAUAUCAUGUAACCAAAAUUUAUAUUAUAUAUUAUUAAAUGUUAAAAUUAAACAAUGAACAAAUAA